AUGGACGUAAUUUCAUCAUUACAAGAAUAUUUAAAUUUUACAUUUAAUGAAACACCUGGAAUGAAAGCACUGAUAAUGGAUUCAGACACUAUUCCUGUUGUUUCUAUUUUAUUUGGAAUGACUGAAAUUAUUCAAAAAGAAGUGUAUUUAGUUCAACAAUUAAGUGAUCAAACACGAGAUACAUUACCACACCUUAAUGCUAUUUGUUUACUUAGACCAACAAAAGAAAAUAUGGAAUUAUUAAGAAAAGAAUUAAAUAAUCCAAAAUAUGGGAAAUAUUAUUUGUUUUUUACUAAUUUUCUUGACUCAACUCAAAUAUCAUUAUUAAGUCAAUCUGAUGUACAUGAAGUUGUUCAAAAAGUAAUGGAAUUAUAUGUUGAUUAUAUGCCAGUUAAUGAUGAUUUAUUUAUUUCAUCAUGUCCUAAUUAUUAUUCAGUGGUAGGUUCAAAUUCAAUGAAAAAUGAACAAAAAACUAUUGAUUCCCUUAUGGCUCUUUGUCUUUCAUUAAAAAAAAAUCCAGCAAUUAGAUAUCAACAAAAUAGUGAAUUAAGUAAACGUAUUGCUGAAGGACUUACUCAAGGAUUAGAAAGACAAAAGAAAAUAUUUGGACCAAUGAAUGGUACUACAAUUCUUAUUCUUGAUCGUUCAUUUGAUCCAAUUACACCACUUUUAACACAAUGGACAUAUCAAGCAAUGAUUCAUGAAUUUAUAGGUAUUGAAAAUGGUAAAAUUGUAUUAGAUAAUAAACCAAUUAUUCUUUCAAAUGAUUCUUUCUUUAAUGAACAUAUGUAUUUAUUAUUUAGUGAUAUUACUGAUUCUAUUAUUGCUUCUGUAAAUGAAUUAACUAAAAAAGCAGGUAUAGCAAGUAAACAAUAUCGAUCAUUAGAAGAAAUGAAAGAAACAAUUGAACAAAUUCCACAAUUAAAAAAAGAAUCUGCAGGAGUAAAGAAACAUCUUGGAAUUAUGAAUGUUAUAAACAAAAUAGUAAGUAGAAGAAAAAUGCUUGAUGUUUCUCGACUUGAACAAGAUAUUGUUUGUGGAUCAGGAAGACAAGAACUUUAUCAAAGUGUUAUUCAAUUUUUUGAAGGAGAUUAUGAAGUAGAAGAUAAAUUAAGAGUUGGACUAUUAUAUGCUUUAAAAUAUGAAGAUAAAGCACAAGAUAUUAUUGAAGAAUUAACAAUUAAAGGAAUUCCAAGAAAUCAAAUUCAAUUAAUUGAUGUUGUAUUAAGAUAUGCUGGAAGUUCUAAACGCCCAAUUGAAAUUUUUAAUAAAGUUAAAUCAAUUGUUGGGUUUGUUAAGAAAAGUGUUGCUGGAGUUGAAAAUGUAUUUGUUCAACAUAAACCAGUAUUAGAACAAUUAUAUGAUCCACUAAUUAAUCAACAAUUAUUAGAUAAAUUCCCAUUUUGUAGAGGAAGUAGUGCUAAUGGAAGAGAAUUUAUUAUAUAUAUUGUAGGUGGUGUUACAUUAGAAGAAGAAGUUAGUAUUGCUACAAGAAAUAGAACUAAUCCUACUCAAAAAUUUAUUAUUGGAGGAUCUGAUUUGUUAAAUUCUUCAAAAUUCAUUGAACUGCUUGAAUCAAUGAAGAAAUAA